CUGUCUCCACUGUCUCUCUAUUGAAUCUUUCCUGCUAUUCGGCCAGUGAAGCGGCUCGCUGUGCUCGGCGUGGAGGACGGAGGAAGGGAGGGUGGAAAGCCUGAGCUGUCGGACAGGUCGGGACCAUUUGCCCCGUCUCCCUGCAGCGCCGUCUGUCCAUCCCUGUGAUAGGGCUGCCUGCAUCUUUUGGAUUUACCUCUGUGUGAGUGACACCUGGGGAGGCGAGGAAAACCCUGAGCCCGGAGGCAGGAGUCGGCUCCCCCCUCUCCUCCCGAUCCACCCCUUCCCGUGUGUGCGUGUCGAUGACCUCUGCUCCUCCAGCCUGCUCCCCAGCACCAUGAACAAGAUGAAGAACUUUAAGAGGCGUUUCUCUCUGUCUGUCCCUCGCACUGAGACCAUUGAGGAGAACGAAUUCACUGAGCAGAUCAACCAGCUCAACAUUAGGCACAUUCAGGGUCUGACUCCAGACAGACUGGGUCCUCCAUCUCACGAUGCCAGCCCCGUGAGCCCUGAGCCAACCACACCGGGAGCUCAGUCUCCGUCCCAGCUCCACUACAACAGCACGGCCCAGCACCGACGUUUCUCCAUGGAGGACGUCAGUAAGCGCAUGUCCCUGCCGAUGGACAUCCGCCUGCCUCCGGAGUUUCUCCAGAAACUGCAGCUGGAGAGCGAGAACCCACCUCUCUGCAAACCCGUCAGCCGCAUGUCUCGACGCGCGUCGCUGUCUGACAUAGGCUUCGGGAAACUGGAGACGUACGUGAAGCUCGGCAAAUUGGGUGAGGGGACGUACGCCACCGUGUUCAAAGGACGAAGUAAAUUAACAGAGAACCUGGUGGCGUUGAAGGAGAUUCGACUGGAGCACGAGGAGGGAGCACCGUGCACGGCUAUCAGAGAGGUGUCCCUCCUGAAGAACCUGAAGCACGCCAACAUUGUCACGCUGCACGACAUCAUCCACACCGACCGCUGCCUCACGCUGGUGUUUGAGUAUCUCGACAGUGACCUCAAACAGUACUUGGACAACUGCGGCAAUCUCAUGAGCAUGCACAACGUCAAGAUCUUCAUGUUCCAGCUGCUGCGUGGUCUCUCCUAUUGCCACAAGAGGAAAAUCCUCCACAGGGACCUAAAGCCUCAGAACCUGCUCAUCAAUGAUAAGGGCGAACUCAAACUGGCCGACUUUGGUCUGGCCAGGGCCAAGUCCGUCCCCACUAAGACCUACUCCAAUGAAGUGGUUACUCUGUGGUAUAGGCCCCCCGACGUUCUCCUCGGCUCCACGGAAUACUCCACACCCAUCGACAUGUGGGGAGUGGGCUGUAUCUUGUUUGAAAUGGCGACAGGUCGUCCCAUGUUCCCUGGUGCCACUGUGAAGGAGGAGCUACAUUUAAUUUUCAGACUCAUUGGUACUCCAACAGAAGAGUCGUGGCCCGGCAUCAGCGGUAGCGAGGAGUUUAGGUCCUACCUCUUUCCUCAGUACAGACCUCAAGCUCUCAUCAACCAUGUGCCCAGGUUGGACACGGAGGGGAUGGAUGUACUGUCUGUUCUGCUGCUGUACGACACCAGGAGCAGAAUUUCAUCCGAAGCCGCUCUGCGACACCCCUACUUCCUGGCGCUGGGGGAGAACGUACACAAUUUGGCAGACACUGCCUCGGUGUUCUCCCUCAGAGAGGUGCAGCUCCAGAAGGACCCAGGCCAACGCAGCUCCGUCUUUCAGCCUUUAACUCGAGGAAAGAACCGAAGACAAAGCAUCUUCUAGAGGUCGCACAGAGGACGAGGAGAGACGCACAGAAGAAAAGGGGGAGCUGCCUUCACCGACCACAGCUCAAAGGCCAGCUCUUCGCCACAUUCACAAGCAUGCCUCAGCUCAUACACGUACACACAAACCUAUGUGCACUCACUCACUUCCAUGGCAGCUGACCGUGGUGACACACGGGGUCUCUGGAUACUAACUUGUACUGCACUUGAAAGGAAUGAGCUGAGAAACCCUCACACACACACACACACACACACACACAGCCAUUUGCCUACAUUUGCACAAUCAGCUUCAUUGAACAUGCUGCCGUUACUUAGCUGCACCAGAGAUUUAAGUGUCCUACUGACACGCACGCACACAGAGACACUCUCAUACACAUUCACAUUUCAAUCCAAGAAAAAAUGGGCCACUUAACGAAUCAUAGGACUAUCAUGGAUCAUUUCUGUUCGAGUCCUAGUUGACACUGUUUGUGUCUUUGUAAGUCAUGAAUGAACAAAUAGGCAAAUUAAGUACAAUGAUGCUCUAAAACUAACAACGGGAAAGGUUCAACCUCAUACAGCUAAUGAAAAAUGUGUGGCACUAACGCAUUAGGUGACAGAGGUUAGCUACCUUAAUACAUUUGCUCGCUCAUAAACGGACAUAAUUUAAGGUAAAUCAGAUUUAUCUGUGAUGAACUGAUUGGUUCCAGGUCAGAAGAUCCCCCCGGUGUGGCAGCUAAGGGCGUGUUAUAUGACCCGACAGCCUUGACGUUGUAAAUACACCAGUAGUCCCUAUAUUGAAAUAGUAGCAACACACCGUUCAUAUCUGACUCCAUCGUGAAUGCAAAGCAGAUUUGCCUCGCUACGGCGACUCCAUGCUUCAGGUUUUGUUCCAUACAGUGUUAACAGCUGACUCUCUCUCCAGCUCUUGAAGUUGCCUUAGUGAACUGCGCAUGAUGUCUUGGCUUGUGAAGAAUCUCUAUUUGAUAUUUGUGCGUCCAGUGUGUUAGAAGGCAUGUUCUUAUUCGCUCUGUGUCUGUAAAUAACUCAUUGCGAGCGUGUGUAUUUCUAAUUGUCUCCUAUUUGCACAAACCAGAAGUGUCCUCUGAAGGCUGCUCCCUUUCCCUUAGUGUCUUACCCGACAUGGUUUCAAAACGUGACCCCAUAAUGUACAGAGACCCCUUAACCCUAGAUCAAUAAAAUGGGAAAGGUUCGUUCAACAAGUACUUUCUCGUAGCAGCGGUUGGGAUUGAGCCCAGAUGUUAUGCUUGUGCCCUCGAUGAUGAAGUGAGAUGCAGUAACAAAGCUACACUCUCCUCUCUUCUGUAUUUGCUCCCGACUCUGUCUCCAUCCCCUCGCUCAGUGUCCUGUGCUGUUGAGUUCCAGCAGAGAAGAGGGAUGCCAAUCGAAACCCAAUGACGCAGGGUUAGGACCAUAUUACAUUAAAGACCCGCGGGGUGUGAUCAAGGUUUUCUUUAAAUGAACUGUGCAAUACGAGAGAGAUACAGUCGGUGUGGAGUAAAAAAGUGGCUUCCUAUCACCGCCAUUCUUCCAGUCACUAAAAUUGAGUUUUUGGACGUAUAUAUAAUUCGAUCCUCAGUGUGUGUGUGCGUGUGGAUAUUCUGAGACAUGUAUGUUAGGGGCUAUCCAGAAAUGCUAAGUGAAAAGCAAUGGGACUUGCUGCAGGUUUUUGAGGACAUGUUGCCUUUUGAUCCGAAAGGCUUCCUCGAUUGUGACCGAUUGGUGGGGAGUCCGAGCUGUGGUUCACCUGAACAGAAUCCUUCAUUGCCGCUCUGUCGUAUAACUUCAUCUGAAGGCCAAAGUGUUUCCAGCUGUCAAAAAAGCGACACGUUAGGUGGGUGAUAAUUGUGUUGUCACAGAGACGGGCAGAAUGCAGCGAUGGGGAUGAUUGAGGACCGUCUCUCCUCGAAGGUGGUCACGCUGUUGCACAUGUCUGGAAAAUGGCACAGUGGUUGUGAAGGGUGGAAGGGACAGCUUUGGAGAGAAAUCAAAAUCUGUCUUCUGAUGAAGCAUUCUGCCAACUUUCACAUGAAUGCCAUUAGGCCCAAGGGGGCAGUAUGCUUCAAAAUAUCAGAUCGUCAGGCAAUUUUGGAAAACCCCUCACCCACACUUAUUAUUAAUCAGAAUUGGGCCGGCUGUAUCUGACGGUUUCCGGAAAGGACAGAA